AUUCCCAGGUAUGAUCAAGAGGGAUUCUGGGAGUUGUAGUCUAAAUGGACUUAACUUGCAUAUGGUCAAUAAGACAGGUUUCUGUCAUACAGCGAGAGAGCUGCAGAGAAGUAGGGCUUGGAAUGGGACGUUGCAAACAUUUUUAGUAUUUCUACUGUUUCUAUUUCUAUUUAACACACACGCAUGCACACGCCCUCUCGCGGCUCCCUCGAUGAACGCUCAUAUCCCAGCUGGAAAACGCCGUAGAUCCGUUCUCUUCUCCUCUCUUUAAUUGGAGCUCAGCGCUUCACUCCUGAUUGGCUGGCAGGAGAAAGCACCUGCAACUGAAAGCUAUUUCAAGAUUGCGGGGGAACGCCCUGGGACAGUCAAGGGGUUUGGGUUGCUUUUCAGCGUGCCCCGCGAUCCCUCCGAAAAGUCGAAAAGCAAUGGCAGUGCAAUUGGUUGCUCACAUGAAAAUCAAGUCUGGGGAUUGCAUCAAAGUGAGAGGCAAGAUAGAACCAGAUGCUGAAAGUUUUGCCCUCAACUUGGGACAAGAUGAAUCUGAGCUGAUCCUUCACUUCAACCCUCGCUUUGAGAGUCAGGGGGAUGUUAGGACCAUUGUUUGCAAUUCCAAAACUUGUGGAGAAUGGGGUGUGGAACUCAGGGAGUCAGAGUUCCCUUUCCAUCAGGGGGAAGACAUCAAGCUCUUUGUCUCCUUUGAUGCCACAGAGGUGACAGUGAAAAUGCCCAGGGGCCACGAACUCAAAUUCCCAAAUAGGCUGGAAGUGGAAACAGUGGAAUUCUUCUCUAUUGUUGGCGAUCUUAGAAUUAAAUGUGUCAAAUUUGAUUGAUCCCAUCCCUUGUUUUGCACCUGGAUAUAAAACCUGUGUGAAUAAAG